ACACGAUGGCUUCUACUACCGCCUCAGGCAUCCCGCUGGACACGUCCGCUCCGACGCCGGAGGUGGUCAUGGCUACAAUGAAAGCUCUUACGCCUUCACAGAUCAAGUCACAGAAAGAGGUCAUGGACCGGGGAACGGUAUCAGUUCGCGAGUUCAGUUGCGGACCUCACGAGCGAAACAAGCUUGAUUUGUACCUUCCUACGGCUUCGACAGGUGGAAAGAGACCCCUCGUUCUCUUCGCCUUCGGGGGCGGCUUUGUCAAUGGAGACAAGAGAAUGCCGCCUGCCCAAGGCAGCAUUUACUUCAACGUGGGCAGCUACUUCGUGGAGCAGGCAGGGCUGGCCGCCAUCAACGUCAACUAUCGCCUCUUCCCUUCGCAUGGUGCAAAGUAUCCCUCUGGGGGCGAGGACGUUGCUCUAGCGCUAAAGUGGUUGGCUGAGACCGACGAUGCCGAGGUCAGAGAGAAGGUGGAUCUGAACAACAUUUUCCUCUUCGGAACGUCUGCGGGCGCCUUCCAUCUGGCAACGUAUCUCUGGUGUCCCCAAGAAAAGAAGACUUGGGCUCCAACUCCGUCAAAUCUCAACGUCAGCGGGUUCCUCUGCUGGAAUAUCCCGGCACAUUUUGCCAGUGCCGAGGCCAGCAGGGCACCCAUACUCAAGGGCUACUUGGGAGAAGACCUUGCUGCAAACGAUGCUGUGACCAUGAGGAGAAGCUCAGAUGACAAGACUCCCGCACUCGUCGCCUGGAGUGACCACGACAUGCCGACGGAAAUUAUUCAGCCUAUUCAGGACCUGCUCAAAGUGUGGUCUUCCUUGCCCGAAGAGGUCCCUCGCCCGGAGACACUCGUCAUGGAAGGACACAAUCAUUUCAGCCCAGCAAUGGCACUCGGUCUAGGCGGACCGGAUGAUGCAUGGACUGAGAAUAUGGUAGCUUGGAUCAAGAAGACAGCAGGGCUGUGAAGGAAAAGGAUAGAGAUGUGUGACUGGCAUUUUCUUUACAAUCUUAUGUCACAUGGAAAGCAAACGAACAGGCAAUGUAAUUAAUCUAACAAUGACACGAUGAGGAGUUCCGUUGAAGUACUGUGUCCAAGUCUACAGCCAUGU